AUGAAAAAGUCCCAUCGAUACUUGAUCGCCGCUUGCAUCGCCUGGGCAGCUCUCUUGUUUCUCUUUCAGUCGGGCGACGACGACUCCUACCACUCUCCGCCACCUCGUCAGCAGACCCAACAGACUCGACCGCAGCUCAAUCGACCCGACGCCGCCAUCCACGACAAUAAACUCCACCACAAACCUCACAAUGGCGCUCCGUCGUCCUUUCCCGAUUUCUCCAUCACAGAUCGCCCACUGAUGCCUCCGGACGAUCCACUCUGUGCCCAGCUCCCCGGCCGCAACUCUAACAUCACCCUCAUUGUCAAGACAGGCGCAACCGAAUCCUUCAGCAAAAUCCCCACUCAGCUCCAGACAAUCCUGCGAUGCGUGCCCGACGUGCUCAUAUUCUCCGAUAUGGAGCAGACCAUUGCCGGCGUUCGCGUGCGCGACUCUCUCGAUACGGUUCUCGACACCGUCAAGCAAACCUCCGACUUUGACCUCUACCGGGCGCAGAGGGAAUGUCUGGUAAGCCAGGCCGAUUGCACCAGGCACCGCGACAAGGGAAAGGAGGGCUGGAAUAUGGACAAAUACAAGAACAUACACAUUGCUGAAAAGGCGUACAACUUGCGACCGGGACGCGAUUGGUAUGUCGUUAUCGAUGCGGACACGUACCUUUUCUGGACGAGUCUCGUGUCGGUCUUGGGUCGACUUGACCCGUCAGGGAAGCUCUUUCUGGGCAGCAUUGCUCACUACAAAGACUUUCCUUUCGCGCACGGCGGCAGCGGCUACGUAAUGUCGCGUGGCGCAUUGGACGACUUUGUCGGGGAGCACCCGGGUAUUGGCAACGCCUAUGACCAGCGGGUAACAGAAGAAUGCUGCGGAGACUGGAUGUUUUCCAAGGCUAUGAUAGAAACGUCAAAUAUUGGGGUGACUCAAGCCUUCCCUACCAUAAAUGGGGAUAAAGUUUGGAGCAUUCCCUUUGGACCCACCCAUUGGUGUCAGCCCCUGGCUACGAUGCAUCACGUCGACAGCGAAGAGAUGUCUCUCUUUUGGGAGUUUGAAAUCAGGAAAUAUCUUAGAAGCAGGUCCACCAGUAACGCCGAAGCGAACCCCGUUCUAAUACGAGACAUGUACGUCGAGUACUUUCUCCCCAAAUUCACCGAUCUGCGCGAAGACUGGAACAACGUGAGCGAAGACUUCAUCUACCUGAACCGCCCGCCGACAGACAACGAGAAGUGGAAAACGGUGCCGAUGGAACGAAAGGCCAAGUUUGAAAGACUCGCCCAUGUCUCUCUCGAGAACUGCAAAGCAGCCUGCGAGAAAAAGCGCGGAUGCUUCCAGUACUCAUACCACCCAGAGGGGAAAUGCGCCCUCGGCAAGUCGUUCAAGAUUGGAUACCCGACUAGGCAUGAAGAGGAUCCGGCGAUGCGGCAGACCUCCGGAUGGCUGUCGGACAGGAUUAAGGAUUGGGUCGAAAAGCAAGGGGAGUGUGACACGAUCAAAUGGCCAGGUAUGAAAUUACAACAAAAUAUUUCGACGGGCUUUUGA